UCGUGGUCGUGCGACUUUUGUCUAUCUAGUUCGUCGAGAGUACGUUCGACGUCAACAUCGAUUUAAAAAAAAAAAACACAACAAAACGAUGACACGACGAACGGUGAUCGUCCUGCUGCUGUUCCUGACGACGCGACUCCUCGCGUCCUCGCAGUAUCGAGACCGGGAAAGUCUUUGCGAGUCCAAGCAGACCUGCUCGGAUUGCCUGCAAACGCCGCAUUGCGUCUGGUGCUCCGCGACGGCGUCUGAAAAUAACGACAAGGGUCCUCCGCUUCGCUGCGUGUCGCAUCAAACGUACUCGAAGGAAAACGAUCUCUGGUGUCCGCCGUCGAAGGUUGUGCUCUACAAGAAUAAGAUGACUAUUCGCGAAAAUCGAACCUUGUCAUCGGACAAGAAAAAUCCGGUUCAAAUGGAACCUCAAAGAGUGCACCUGAGUCUCAAACGAGGCGAGGAACAUCGUAUAACUUUGAAAUACAGUCCGGCGGAGGAUUAUCCCGUGGAUCUGUAUUACCUUAUGGAUUUGUCCUCGUCUAUGGAACCGUACCGAGACAAAUUGUCGAAACUCGGACUGAAGUUGGCCAAAGCCAUGCAAGAGAUCACGUCGAAUUUUCGCAUCGGGUUCGGCAGCUUUGUGGAUAAGGUCGUUUUGCCGAUGACCAACACGCAAAAGGACAAAUUGGAGUCUCCCUGCACUUUGAAAAACAACAAGCCAUGCGCGCGGCCUUAUAGCUAUAAAAACCAAAUGCCUCUCACGGAAAAUAUAACUCUGUUUGAGGCCCAAGUACAGGCAGCACCGAUAUCGGGUAAUUUGGACGGUCCCGAGGGCGGGCUCGACGCCAUGAUGCAGGUCAUAGUAUGCACGAAGGAAAUCGGCUGGCGCCAAAAGGCACGUCAUCUUAUCGUGUUCUCGACCGACGCUGUGUUCCACGUCGCCGGAGACGGUAAACUUGCAGGAAUAAUCGAGCCCAACGAUUGCAAAUGUCAUUUAGAUAAUGAAGGAUUUUACACGCAUUCUCUCCUGCAGGAUUAUCCGUCGAUCUCUCAGAUCAAUAGAAAAGCGCGCGAGCACAAUAUAAACAUUAUCUUUGCCGUGGCCGACAAAGACGCGACUUAUCAGCGAUUAAGCCAGCGUGUUAGCGGAUCUUCAACCGGAACUUUGGACAACGAUUCCGAGAACGUCGUCGCCUUAGUCAGGGGCGAAUACGAGAAACUGGUAGAUACGGUGACGCUAAUUGAUACGGCGCCGAAAAUGAUCGACAUCAAAUACUUCUCCAGAUGUUUGAACAAAACGGGAGAAAUGUUGGAGCGUCAGGAGUGCGGAGGAAUUCGCGUUGACAACGUGAUCGAAUUCGAAAUUGCGCUCAAAAUGACGGAAUGCCCAGCAGAUCGAACGGAAUGGAGUCAAAUCAUAGAGAUAAAACCCAGAGGUAUAAACGAGAGUCUGAUCAUUGACCUGGAACUCAUGUGCGAUUGUUCUUGCGAGAGGCCCGGACAUUCGGGUUAUCAAGAGAAUGCCGCUGAAUGCAAGGGCAACGGCAAAUCGGCGUGCGGCGUGUGCUUCUGCAAUUCCGGAUUUUACGGAAAGCAAUGCGAAUGCGAGGGAACUGACACUGACAGUUCGAUCUCGACAGUCGACUGCAGACCCGACAACAACACCGAAUUCUGCAGCGGUCACGGCACGUGCAAGUGCAACGUUUGCAACUGCGACAAGCGAUCGAACAACCCGCACGAAAUGUUUUACGGGAAGUACUGCGAGUGCGACAAUUUCUCUUGCAAACGCAGCGGCGGUCAGGUCUGCGGCGGACGGGGCAAGUGUGAAUGCGGUACCUGCAAUUGCCUGCCUGGAUGGGGUGGCGAGACGUGCGACUGCAAGGAGACCAACAGCACAUGCAUUCCGCCGUCGGGCGGGAACGUCGAGAUUUGCAGCGGACGCGGCGACUGCAUCUGCGGCAGCUGCCACUGUCAUGAGCGAGACAAUAUCCGAUAUUCCGGACAGUAUUGCGAGGAGUGCCCGACGUGUCCGGGACAACGAUGCGAAGAGCUGAAGGACUGCGUGGAGUGUGUGGCGUAUGACGCGGGACCGCUCGCGAAGGAGAAUAAAUGCGACUUGUGCAUGCACGACAUUGAUAUUGUCGAUGAUAUCGAGGAGGAUCCUGCAAAGGACGAGCGGAACAACGCCCGCAUAUGUCCAACACCCGGUGACGAGGGCUGCACGUUCGUUUUCAAAUAUCAAUAUCAUAGAAACGGAACCGGCGGGGACAUCAAAAUCUUCAAGAUUCAAGCUCAGAAAGAGAGAACCUGUCCGACCCCUAUUAAUGUCUUCGGUAUUGCUCGGAACAUUGUCAUAAGUACCGUCAUCAUCGGUUUCUUGAUUCUUUUCAUUUGGAAGAUCCUUACGACGAUACACGACAAGAGAGAGUACGCCAAAUUCGAGAAGGAACGAGCCCUCGCCAAGUGGGAUCGGGGUGAGAAUCCUCUCUACAAACAAGCGAUAUCGACUUUCUCCAAUCCAACGUUUAGCGAAAACCAGAAUGAAUAGCAAUUAAUAAUUUAUAACAAUUUGAUAUUUUUUUUUUGUUGUGAAAAUUUUCGCGUGUAAAUGAAAACUCCAGAUAUAGUUUUUUAUUAAAAUUAAUAUAUAAAUGAAUGUGUGUUCUAUACAUUUUAAUAAAUUAAGUUAUUUGA